ACUGUGUGCUAUAAGAUGACAUUUCUUUCGGUUUAACCUUUGUAGCUCAAGCAGAAGAUAUGUAAAUUGCAUUGAAACAACUACACUUGAAGAAUGCUGAUGACUUAUAAUCUUUCAGCCGUCCAUUUGAUACAGAUAUUGCUUUGAAAAUACUAUUCUUAAUCCAUGCUUCAGAUUGUCCAAGCUUUAAGAACUUUGUUCUAUUAAAGAGAUCUUAUCUUGGUUUCCUUUCCUAUGGGAUAAUUUUCUAGUUCAUUGCUUUCAAAGGUAGGAGUGUUUGGGCAAUUUUGAAAAAGAUUUUCAUAACUCACUGGAGGGCAGUUCAUUACUUGCCUCCAACUCAGUUCUGUAAGGACAGCAGUUUGACACAUUCCGUCAUCUUCCAUCACAAAAACUUCCUGCAAGGUCCCAGUGUUGCCCAAUGACCUACCUGUGUCCUGCUCCUGGCUGUGAGACAUGAAGAUUUUUUCCAUGACUUAGGGGUGCUGUUUGCAACAGAAAGUAUUUACAGAAAAUUUCUUCAAGUCCUCCCACAGGAUGUCAAACAGAUAGUUAUGCUUGUCAAAAGCAGGCUAUUUCUGGGAAAAGAUGCCAGCAAACAGCGGCCUAUCAAAUUUGCCCAAGAAUAUUUUUCACAGCACUUGGGAGAGUAUGAAAAUGUUCUCUCUGUUUUGGAGGACUUAAACAUUACUAUACUGAAGGCAAUGGACAAAACAAAGAAAAAGAAGUCCAGGAGGAAAAGGCUUACCAAAAUGGUCCAGUAUCCCAGCUGUAAGGACUAUCAAGAAGCUUCUAAUUUGGAGCAGUUUGUGACUCGCUUUCUCCUGAAGGAAACGUUGAACCAGCUGCAGUCCCUCCAGGCCUCCCUGGAGUGUGCCAUGGAAACCACGGAGGAGCAGACUCGGCAGGAAAGUUUAAAGAGGGAGAUACAAGGAGAUGAAGGAGAUGAAGACAUGUUUCUGAAUACAGAAGGAGGAGACAUGCUCUCUCACAUGCAUUACCUUACGAAGUGUCCUGUGUUCCUGUGCAGACAAGGUCCAACAAAACCAGAAGUGCUCUCAGUGCAGUGGCCAGGAAAACGCUCAGCUCGAAGGCUUCAAAGGAACAACAGCAUAUCGCCCACUAACCCUCAAUUUAACACAGGCUGGAUUGAGGAAGAGAGCCAGUGGAUGACCCAGAUAAGCAGGCUUCAGAAGCUGAUUGACAGGCUGGAAAAGAAGGACUUAAAGCUUGAGCCAUUUGAAGAAGAAGUUUUGGAAGAAAAUGCAAGAUCUCACAUAAUGAUUGUUCAACGUCAAAUGUCUGUGAUAGAAGAAGAAAUUGAGGAAUUCCGGCUUGCUCUGAAGCAGUAUGUGGAGUCUGCUUCUGCUCAGAGUGGCUGUUUGCAUGUUUCCAUACAGAAGCUUCCCAAUGAUUUCCGCUUCAUUAUUUAUGAGUUCUGGGAGAACAGCAAUGUCUGGAAUAGCCACCUUCAAAUGAAUUACAGCAAGACAUUCCAAAGAAGUAAUGUGGACUUCCUGGAAACUCCAGAGCUCAUUACAACAAUGCUAGUCCCUGCAUCGUGGUGGGUCCUCAAUAACAACUAGAAGCUGUGGUUCCAAGUAAUUAUGUUAUGUUUUUCACCACAAUAACAUUGAUUUAACAGUGUACAAGAGUGCUGGGUUAGAGGUUUAUCAUGUGAUACUGUUCAAUACUAUGGAUGUGAUCUUUUCUGUUUUAAAAUGUGGAAAAUCACGUUUAUUGCCUUCUGUUCUCGUGAUCAGUUUAGUGAAAUAAUGCAUUCUAAAAGCUGGAAAAAAAACAACUAAGCUCAUCUGUUAGCUGUGUAUAUUUAGUCCUGUCACAGAAAACUGCAUCUUGAUUGGUGUGACUGAGUAUUUGUGAAGUUCUAUUUAAGUUCUUUACCAGGAGAGUGGUGAGGUGCUGGAACGGGCUGCCCAGAGAGGUUGUGGAUGCCCCAUCCCUGGAGGUGUUCAAGGCCAGGCUGGAUGGGGCCGUGGGCAACCUGGUCUAGUAAGUGGGGAGGUUGGUGGCCCUGCCUGGCAGGGGGGUUGGAGAUUCAUGAUCCUUGAGGUCCCUUCCAACCCAGGCCAUUCUGUGAUUCUGUGAUUCUGUAAUACUUUUAGUCUCGCAUUAAUAAACACUUGUUACUUAA